AUGCACAGUCCACACGCGCGGGACAGUGUAAAGAUUCCUGGCGCUGCUGCCGUGUACUUUCCACGGAGGAUAGUCCAAAAAACGUAUCGUCAGCUGUACUUGGAUUACCUGAAUCAGCACAGCACCGCCUUCCACGUGUCCUUUGGCUUCUUCGUGGGAGCAAAGCCUGGUGCAUGCCUCUCUCACGCGUGUGCACGCUGUGGCAUCGAGGAGUUAGGCUGGUACUGCCUGGAGAAAGUUCCUGACGGUGUUGAAGACGAGCUUCGUCACGAGACCUUCGAUCCAACGGUCGAGGUCAGGCAGAUCUGCAAGGGCCAAGAUACAAGCAGUGAUCGUGUGGAGUACAUAGAAAAGCGUUGCAAGCUCUCUCAAGUUGAACGGUGGGUGCUGAACGACUUCGGCGACUUUGCACAGCACCACUUCAGCAAGGUUUGGCAACGGCGCAUGUUUCACAUGCUGUCGGACCCAGAUCGGCAACUGGCCCACGAGCUCGUAACCACAGCCGACUUCUCUGAGAAGCUUGUGCUUAAGUACCAGAACGAGCCUAUGGCGAUGCACUGGGCCGGUGUUACCAUGUGCAUCCUCGUCGUUGUGGUGUACAUGAUGGACAACAGCAGGCCCGUGCAACUGAUCGCUGUGCAUUCAGUGACCAUGUUGAUGACUGGUGCUGCAUUACACUUGAGCCGUCGACAGAAGCAGCCACAGCAGAACCAGAAAGCUCCACGGUUAUUGAUGUGGACACCGUGA